CCAAAACUGUAGUUCUACUAACGUUGACGUCUCUAGUUUGACGUCUCGAAAAUCGAUUCCAAUUUGAAGAAAGAUGAUAAAGCCGCUUUUACCUACUUCUGUUAUUUAAUUGUUAUGCCAAGAGUUAGUUAUUAAAGAUGAACCUAAUAGCAGCAGUAAAGGCAUAUGUCACCAAAAUGACCGAAGAGAGCGAACCCGGAAUGAAAAUCUUAUUAAUGGACAAGGAGACAACCAGUGUCAUCAGUAUGGUUUACGGCCAGUCUGAAAUUCAGCAAAAAGAGGUUUUCCUGCUCGAGAGAUUGGAUUCACCAAACCAGAGCAAUUCGUUGGGGCUGCGCUAUCUAAAAUGUUUAGUCUUCCUCCGCCCCACGCAGGAAAACAUUGGGUUAUUGUGUAAUGAAUUGCGUUAUCCCAAGUACGGCGCUUACUACAUCUACUUCAGCAACAUUGUGGCCAAAGCUGACAUCAAGAUUUUAGCUGAACAUGAUGAGCAAGAAGUUGUUAAGGAAGUUCAGGAGUUGUACAUGGAUUAUUUAGCUGUGAACCCUCAUCUGUUUUCAAUAGGUUUACCAACUUGCAUGAACAGUCUGUCUUGGAACCCUACAGCUCUCCAAAGAACAGUUCAAGGAAUUGUUGCUGUUCUCCUCUCAUUGAAGAAGAGUCCAGCAAUCAGAUAUCAAGCCAAUUCAAAGCUUUGCAAAGACCUUGGAACACGAAUUGACGAAGUUAUGAAUAAAGAAUCGUCAUUGUUUGCGUUCGGCCAAAACAGCCACCCUUUGUUGCUCAUUUUGGACCGAAGAGAUGACCCAAUGACUCCUCUCCUAAACCAGUGGACAUAUCAAGCUAUGGUACAUGAACUAUUAACAAUCAAUAAUAAUCGCGUCAACUUAUCGGGAAUCCCUGGAGUCGGUAAAGAAUUAUCUGAAGUGGUUUUAUCAGCAGAACAGGACCCAUUUUAUGCCAAAAAUAUUUUUCUGAAUUACGGCGAAAUUGGACAGAAUAUCAAACAACUAAUGGAUCAGUUCCAAGCCAAAGCCAAGAGCCACCAAAAAAUUGAAAGUAUCGCGGAUAUGAAGAAUUUUGUUGAAGCUUAUCCACAAUUUAAGAAACUCUCAGGAAACGUUACUAAACAUGUGACAGUCGUUGGUGAGUUAAGUUCAAUGGUCAAUAAAUACCACCUACUUGAUGUGUCUGAAAUUGAGCAGGAGAUUUCCUCACAUAAUGACCACUCAUCACAUUUGCAAAGCAUCAAGAAGCUAAUAAACAAUGAUAAAGUUAGAAAUACAGAUAUUGCAAAAUUAGUGAUGCUUUAUGCGUUACGCUAUCAAAAUCACAGCAACAAUGACGUGGUGGGACUUAUUGAAUUGCUAAAAAAGAGAGGAGUUUCCGAACGUCUUAUUAAGAAUAUUGUCAAUAUAUUGGAAUAUGCGGGUUCACACGCUAGACAAAGUGAUUUUCUCAACGUGGAAAACGCCCUUCAAAGCACGAAGCGGUUCUUUAAGGGAUUAAGUGGAGUUGAUAAUGUAUACACGCAACAUAAACCUUUAAUCCAUGAAACCCUUGAAGAAUUGGUUAAGGGACGAUUGAAAGACAGCCUUUAUCCCUACGUUGGAAAUCAUUUUCUCAACGGGAGACCUCAAGACAUCAUCAUUUUUAUGGUCGGAGGCACAACCUACGAGGAGUCUUUAACUGUACAUUCCUUCAACAAAAGUAAUCCGAGCUUUAAUAUUGCUCUUGGAGGCACAACAAUCCAUAAUUCUACGAGCUUUUUAGCUGAAGUUGAACAAGCUACGAGAAAUCUACCCAGAAAACAUACCAGAAAUAUCCGUAAUGUUAGAUUUGACUAAUUUCGGUACAGACUUAUGAGAAUUGUAUAUUUUAUUUAUUUAUGUUGUUAUGUAAUAAAUAAUAAUUGAUUAUCUAAUAAAAGGAUAAUAAAGCA